GGCAGCGACACUCACAGAGCGGAGUGAAGGCUCUUUCCACACACUGCUGCCCAAUUGGCUUUCUCCAUUCCUUCCAGCUGGCCAAUCACAGAGCCCGCAUCAGAUCGAAAACUAUUCAACAUGGAGACAACAGUUGAUAAGCUUGAGGCAAUGUUCCUGAAGUCAGAGGCUGACCUGGAAUACAUUGAGAAGCGACUGAGGCUGGACUUCAUCAACAGCACUGCAGAGAGUGGAUCUCCUGCUGAGGAGAACCCGGCAGUGAUGCUGGAGAACUUGACAGCCAUCAAGGCCAAACAUGCAGAGCUGUGCUCCCAGGUGAAGGAGAUCACAGCUGCACAGAAAGAGUCCAUGGACUCCAUCAGAAACAACCUUGGCAGUGUCAUGAAGUUGAUCCAACACUUGCAGCAGACAACCGAUGUGGAGGUUCAGCCGCUGACGGAGUCAGAGCAACAAUCAGCAGAUCUCCUGGCUUCAGCCGACAGUCAGACCACAAAAGAGGUGCCUCCUGAUGCAGCAGCUUUGGCCAACGGCAGCCACUGAGUGAGUAAAACAGGAUGUGCGGCCCCCUCUUCCAGCUGCUGGGUCCUGAUCAGAGCGGCUCUGGCAUCAAGUGGAUGCUACCUGGGACUGAGGCUAUAAAGGUUUGGGGAGCAGCGUGCCUCUGUAUUGUUUGAAUUUAUGUCGAUUGUUUAAUUGACUAUGGUCCUAUGGUCCUGAAACUGCAGCCUCUGGUACUAUAGGAACGUGUCUUAUAACUUAUUAGAGGCUAUGCUAUAUAUUAGCAACAUUAAGAUAUUAAAUUGUAGUAUCUUGCAAAUUCGGAUUAAAAAAAUUAGUAUUAA